CAGGGCUGGGUGUGAAAACUAAAAGUGAAUGUAACAGGUAAUGAGUCCAGUCAGUGCCGCUGGUACACGGUGUCUGUGGGAGUGGAGGCUCUGACAUUGACGAGGCUGUGUGUGGAAUCAGACACUGGGCGCAUACACACCGGGAGCGAGCGGAGGACACACGCACACACUCACACAGUCACGCACAGCUGAGGUUCACCUGUCCCGCUGGGAUUGUUUUCAUAUCGGAAGCCGCUGACAGGUGACCUGUCACCAUGUUCAAGAAAAAGAGCAAAACCACCGCUAUAACGACGCCGAAACCAACUGCGCCGUCCACUGAACUGACUGCGCUGAUCGAGAAGCUGCAGAAGAAUGCCGAUAAAGUUCAGAAGAACAUCUUUGACGUUGAGCAGAACCUCAACAAGGAUGUCAGUAAGAUCAAUGAGGGGAAGCAGCCGCUGUAUCAGGAGGACACCAACAAGAGAAUCCUCAACUCUCUGGAGCUGCUCAGUGGCCUGGAUGAAGAUGCCGUCAAUGCCAAGCGCCUCCAGCAUCCUCAGGCUGAGAUGAUAGAACAGGACAUGAAGCAGCUGCGCGACAGAGUGAUGAAGCUGCGAGAGGAUCAUGACCAUAUCUACCACCUGAGCCGGACUGAGGGGAGGCCCAGCAUCAACUGGGGCAACAUAAUGGACGAGAAACUGGACAACCUGAACAACAAGGGCUUUGGCCAGGACCUGCCAUCUGUGGAGAACGAGGUGGAGGAACACAACAUCUUCCACAGUGAGGUGGAGGCUCUGGCUCCUCACAUCAACUGUAGCGGAGACAAGGACUAUGUCAGUAGCCUCCAGAUGAAAUACAACAAACUGCUGGCCAGUUCCAGUGCUCGUCAGCGCAACCUGCUGAGCCUGCGGGACUACAUGCAGCGCUGCACCAAUGAGCUGUACUGGAUGGACCAGCAGGCCGAGGAGAGGAUCAACUAUGACUGGAGUGACACCAAUCUGGACUACCCUGCCCGCCAGAGGCAGUAUGAGAACUUCAUCGGUAAAUGUCUGGAGUCCAAGGAGGCCACCAUCACCAAAUUAAGCGACGACGGCGAGAAGCUGAUUGCUGCUGAGCAUCCAGGGAAGAACGUUAUUGAGGCUCAUAUGGAGGCAGUCCACGCUGACUGGAAGGAGUACCUGAACCUGCUCAUCUGUGAGGAAAACCACCUCAAACACAUGGAUGAGUACAACAAGUACCACAAGGAGGCUCGUGACACUCAGGACCUGCUGAAGCGUUUGGAUACAGAGCUCAACCAGAAAUACAACCCAGAGUUCAAAGAUGUGUAUCAGAUGGAGGGUCUGAUCAGGGAGAUGGAUGACCAAGCCAAGGCCAUUGACCACUUUGAUGAACGGGUCAAGGCUCUUCAGAACCGCAGCCUGCAAGUUUUGCCUCUGAAAUACCGCCGGGAAACCCCCCAGAAGCUGCUGCCCAUUGAGGCUCUGUGUGAAUUUGACACAGACGAGGGGCAGGUUUUGCGCGGGGAAAGGUACACUCUGCUCCGGAACAAUGGCACCAAAUGGGACGCGAAGGAUACAGCUGGACGUAAACUCACUGCCCCGGCUGUCUGCUUCAUGAUCCCCCCCACCGACCCAGAGGCAGUGGGCACCUCUGACAACCUGGCCAGCCAGCAGAAAGCCAUCAAGCAGAAGAUGGCAACCAGCAAGGGAGCUCUGAUGAAACGCUUUGAGGAGCUGAAGAAGGAGAGUGGGACUGGCACAGACAAGCAGGAGCAGCAGUGCCGCCAGCUGAUGGCCGGUCUGGAUAAAGUCUACAGCGACCUAGACAAACAGGAAAAGGCCAUUUAUGCUCGAGUUCGCCCGCCGCUGGAGCAGAACAGACCUCUGCAGGACAGCGCUGACCGCCUGCAGGAUUUGAGGGACAUUGCUGCUGCUGUCAGUAGGAUUGAACCAGAGAAGUCCACUAAAGUGCAGGAAGCAAAGAGCUUCUUGGUCUCAAACCCAAAUUGUGCCAGUGCUUCUCAACUCUCCAGCAAGGUGGAUGGAACCAACAAGAAGUACACCAAGAUCGAGGACCUUCUUCAGGCCUCUCAGGACAAGGUGAAGAAUGCCAACCAGCUGGAAACUUCCCUUCAAAAUGCAAAGACUUCACUCUCCACCUAUGAGAACAAGCUGGCCAGGGAAGAGGUUGCUCCAUCGGACAUCUCUUCACUUGAGAAAACACAGCGGGAGCUUGCAGAUAUUGCAUCAGACCUGAGGUCCAAGAGGGCACUUGUCACUGAGACAGAGCAGAACCUGCGUUUGGCCAAAGGCAGCUGUGAGAACAUGGCCACCAAAUUCCAAGAGCACUGCCCUGACAUUGAGAGACAAGAAGCAGAUGUCCAGAAGCUCAAUAAACGCUUGAACAACCUCAACAGGCAGAUUGACACCAGGUCUCAAAGCUUGCAGAGAGCCAAGAUGGCAUACAAAAAUUACAGCAAUGAUUAUGACAAUCUGAACAGCUGGUUGUCUCGCGUCCCAAACUACGAGCCGCAUGAAACUGAUGACACAAGACAAGUGGAGACCAAGCUCAAGAAUCAGAGGAAUUUACUCUCUGAUAUUGUAAGAAAGGAGUCUGACUUGAACAACAUCUCCAAAAAUGCCCAGCUUUACCAACAAGCUGUGAAAGACUACGAGAAUGAAACUGAGAAGUUCAGAUCUAUCCUUGACCUUGAGGAUGGACUUGUACCCCAGACAUACAAGAGGAGCAGACUGGAAUCACCUGCGCUAACUGUCAAGGGAGAGGAAGCUGCUAUUGAGGCUAAGUUUACUGAGGUGAACGCUGUGAACAAGCAAAGGCUACAGAAUCUGGAGUUCGCCCAGAGUCUUCUCAACCAGCAACCUGAGAUCGAUAUGAUCCAGUGUGCAAAUGUCAAGACAGUCCAUGCUGCCCCUGGAGAAGAGCCUUGGAGAAUCAGAAAGCAGCUAGAAGAAGAGGUCCAGAGGAGGGAGCAGCUAGAGAAAGAAAUUGAGCUUAUACAGACAGACAUCUAUACCCUUGAAGGACAGAAGCCUCAAGACACAAUUGUCAAGAAGGAGCUGAUCAAAAAGGUUCCUGACCCCCAACUCGAUGAAGAAGUCCAUAAAGUCCAGCAAAAACUCUCAGAGGAGCGCCGCUCUACUCAUGUCCUGGAGAAUGACCUUGAAGUAUUGAAGUUGAAGCUGCGUGGCCUUGAAACAGAGGUCAAAGAAGGGGCACAGCAAUACACAGUGAAGGAGGUCCUGCGUAUAGAAAGAGACCGUGGUCAGGAGGAGGAGGUACGCAAGCUUCGGGAGGAGCUGGAUGAGCUAAGAAGGCUUAAAUUGCUAAAAGACAAUGAGCUGAUUCAGAUACAAAAGCAGGUGACACUCCUGGCAGAAGAGAAGAACAAGGAGCAGGAGGUGAUCACUGAAGAGGAGGUGAUCAAAGUCCAGAAUGAUCCCCAGCUUGAGACAGAGUACCGGGUGCUCCUUGACAGGAAGCAGAAGGAAAUGGAUGGAAGGAAACAGCUGGAAGAUGAACUCUUGUUUCUUCAGGAGAAGCUCAAAAGGCUGGAGAAGGAGAAAGCAAUGGCAGAGGAAAAGAUUUCCAUAAAGGAAGUGCUGAAAGUAGAGAAAGAUGUUGCAUUUGAAAGGGAGGUAGAAAAUCUCAGGAGGCAGUAUGAAGAUGAGAAGACCAAACGAAGAUCAUCACAGCGAGAAAAGGCUGACCUCCAGAGGAAAAUUUCCAACCUAGAGGAGGAGAAAUCCAAAGUUAUUAUUCAGGAGAAGGUGCGGGAGAUUGUCCGUCCAGACCCCAAGGCUGAGAAUGAGGUUGCCAAUCUCCGACUUGAACUUGUAGAACACCAAAGGCGUUAUAAAGAUUCAGAGCUCCAGCUUAGGUCCCUGCAGGAUGAGCUGACCAUGCUGAGAAACAGAGGCCCUCAAAUUGAGGUGAAAGAGAUCAUCAAAGAAGUCAUCAAAUACAAGACAGAUCCACAGACUGAAAGAGAACUGGAGAGACUCCGCAAUGAAAUUGUAGAUAAAACCCACCAAACUGAGAAAUCUGAGAUGGAAAUCCGUCAACUUCGUGAUGAAAUUCAAAGAUGGAGAGACACCAAACCCCAGGUGCAGACUAAAGAGGUAGUCAAUGAAGUGCUGCAAUACAGAGAAGACCCCAAGACCAAGGAAGAAAUUGAGACUCUCAAAAGGAAACUGGCUGAUGAACAGAAGAAACGCCUUGACCUUGAGAGAGACCGGUCAGCCCAAGAAGAGAAGAUCAGACUAAGGAAAAUGGAUCUUUCUCAGGUCCGUGAGAAGAUUGUUCAGCAAGAAGUGGUCAAGAUGGAGGAAGAUCCUCUCCUCAGGUCAGAGUGUGACACAUUUGUACUGAACAUCGGCAAUGAGCAGAAACAAAAGGAGAGCCUGAAAACAGAGCUCUACCAACUGCAGAGGCAAAAGAAUGAUCUGGAUCUGCAACUGGAAGAACUGGAGCGUGAGCGCAGGGCAAGGCGUGAUGCCGAAUUGGAGAUCCAAAGGCUUAGGGUCAGACUCCAUGAGCUUGAGCUCCGAGACAAAGAAAAUCGCGAGAAGGUGACUGUCAAACAGAAGGUAGUCCUGCAGCAGGAUCCCCAACAGGAGAAGGAACACUCUAUCCUCAGGCUGCAGCUUGAUGAAGAGAAACACAAACGCACUCUGCUCGAGAAAGAAUUGAAUGCUCUCAUCCAGCAGCAGAUCGCCCUAGAGAAGGUGGACGUGAAGGAAAGAGUUGUCCGCACUGAAAAGGUCCAAGUUGAGAGGGACCCAGAGGCCGAGAUUGAGAUUGAGAACCUAAGGAGGACUCUGGAAGAGGAGAAAAGGAGAAGGCGAGAACUUGACACAGAGUUCUCGACUCUCACUUCCAGGCUAUCUGAGAUGGAAUUCACUAAGACCAAGUCUUCUAAAGAGCUUGACUACAUCCGUGAUGAAAGUAGCAGACUGCAGCAAGAAAACCAUAGGCUGCAGAAUGAGAUCCGCAAGCUUCGGUCCGAGAUUGACAUCACCAGCAAAGAGACUCGGCUCAUCACUGAAUCCGCACCAAGGGAGGAUGGAAAGAACCUGGAGUUGAGGCUUGACUCUCUCCAGAGGGAACUAGCAGACCUCAGAGGUGUAACCACGCAGAAGGAUCUAGAGAUCGAGAAGCUUCAAAAGGGCCUGACAGCUGUGAGGGCAAAGAAGGAACAGAGGGAGAGCCAUCUUCGUCGGUCUAUCGUGGUCAUCGACCCAGAUACAGGCAAAGAGAUGCGACCUGAGGAGGCCUACAAACUAGGGCUGAUCGACUGGAAGAUGUUCGUCAACCUGCAGAGCCAGGAGUGUGACUGGGAGGAAAUCACGGUAAAGGACCCCAGUGGUGAAUCUUCGGUUCUUCAUGACAGAAAAUCAGGCAAAAAGUUCUCCAUUGAAGAGGCAUUGCGUCUUGGGCACAUCACUAAUCGUCAGCUUCAGCAGUACCACAACAAAGAAAUCUCCAUUCAAGAGUUUGGUGUAAUGGUGUCGGGCAAAAACAAGAAUGAAACAUACUAAAAAUGUGCAUUUUUUAUUUGAUGCUACAAGAUUUCCUCUGUUUCAUCUUGUUAAUUAAAAAUACUGUACUUCUAUUCUGACUUCAAUACUAUGGUGACUGCAUCCAUGAUUCCUAAAUGCACUGUGUAUUUAUUUGCUUCUGCAUAUUCAAUUUUGUGGUACUGGAUAUAUGGAUAUAUAUUACUAUUGUUACACCCAACUGCAUAACAUUUUAUGUGGAAGGAAAAGUUUGCUCAGCUGUGCUUUCAUUUCUUACACUGGGUACUAGGGUAGAGAACAUAUCUUUCAUUUGAUAAUGCCAUGGAAAUUCACAUGGGUACUAAAUGUUUCAUUUAUUUGUGGGGUUUUCCCAGGUUUAUCUCAUUUGUGCUCUGUAAGCUUAAAUAAACGUCAAAUCAAACUGGAAAAA